AUGUUCGAGUUCCUAAACUGCAUCCGGAUGCACCAAGACAAGAAUGGCAAAAACAGUGAACUGAAGUAUGACGCCCAAUGUGGCAUGAGCAAAGGUGUGUUCGAAUGGCAAUGCCGUCAGUUUGAGAAGGUAUCUAGUCGAACACCUGAGUUGAUGCGCAAGAUGAGGGCCAAUGCACAGAAGAUGCGUGUCCACUUCAAGGACACUGAAGAUCUCAAAACGUGGGAUGCUUAUGAAAGAAAUGUUCUCUAUGCAUGUGAACAUUACCUCAAAACCUCUCUUGCAACACCUGCAGUUACCCCGAAUUCUGUUUUGUAUGAGGAUUUAAUGAAGAGAAAAGCAUAUUCGAAGACUCGUAGUGGGCUGCUAUCGAUGGGACUGAACAAGUUCAAAUACUGUACAAGGAGCUUAAGGCUAGUCGCUGCGGGUGCUGCUAUUGGACUUGCUGUUGGACUUGGCGUUGGCUGGAAGCAACAGAAGAUUAAGUAG